AUGAAAAUAACUGUGACAACUAUCUCAAAGAAAAUAUUCACAUUUGAUGUUGAACCAACGUCCACUAUUGGCUAUUUAAAAGAAUUAAUUUCAAAACAAGAAGGAAUAGAAAUUUCUUCAAUUGCCCUCUGUUUUAAAUCAAAAAUGUUAAAAAAUAAUGAUGAGACAUUAGACAAAAUUGGGUAUGCUGAAGGAGAACACGUUGUGAUGAUAAUUAUGAAAAAGCCAUCAAAAGCUAAUAUUACUGAAUCUUCUAAUGAUGAAAAGAAAAUCCAUAAACCUAUUCUAAAUGAAAAGAAACCAUUAGUUAAUCCAGAAGUACCAACGAAAAAAGAAAGCGAUAUUGUUAUUGAUGAAAAUUUGGUUAUAGAAUUAAAAAAUCAAGGAUAUGAUGAAGAACAUAUUAGGGAUGCUCUUAAAAAAUCUAAUAAUGAUAAAGAAAAAGCUCUUUCAGAAUUAAAAGGAAAUCCACUUGAAAAUUUUGAUGUGUUUCAACCAACAGAAGAAACUCAAAAUGAAAUGGUCCAAGAACCUCCAAUUGAAAUUCAAAUUACUCCAGAAGAAUUAGAUGAAAUUAUUGAUGAAGUUGAAGAAGAAGAUCCAGAAUUGGCAGAACAAAUGAGAGAAGAUCCAGAACUAGCAAUGAAUUAUGUACUUCAAAACCUUCAAAUAGGAGAAGAUAUAGAUGAUGAUGGGUUAGGAGUUUUUGGAGAUAAUCUUUCACCAGAAGAAAUAGAACAACUUAUUCAAUCAGGUGCAUUAAGUAGAGAAGAAGUUGACCAACUAUUAGAUGUAAAUAAUCAAAUGAGUGAAGAAGGAUCAAUGUCUUUAAACUCUGAAGAUGAAAUGAGUGAAGAAGGUCAACUCUCAACAACUGAUUCAAAACCUCCAAAAGCACCAAAAAGUGAUCAACAAAAAUCUAAUUUACCAAAAAAAGAAAAUUUAAGUUCAGAAGAUCAAAAGAAUAUUACUGAUUUAAUGGAAUUAGGUUUUUCACGUUCUGUGGCAACUGAGGCAUAUAUUGUAAGCAAUAAAAAUAAAGAAGUUGCUGCUAACUACUUAUUUGAAAGAGGUUAUUAA